AUGGCGGUUUCGGAGCAGAGCUCAGACGUGUUUCCGUGGCUAAAAUCGCUGCCGGUAGCCCCAGAGUUCCGACCUACACUAGCAGAGUUCCAAGAUCCGAUCGCUUACAUUUUUAAGAUCGAAGAAGAGGCUUCCAAGUACGGAAUCUGCAAAAUUUUGCCUCCAGUGCCUCCUCCUUCGAAGAAAACCGCGAUUUCCAACCUUAACCGCUCUCUGGCGGCGGCAGCUAGGGGUCGUGAAGGCGGCGCUGUGUGCGAUUACGACGGUGCCCCCACAUUCGCCACGCGACAACAGCAGAUCGGGUUUUGCCCUAGGAAGCAGCGACCCGUACAGAGACCAGUGUGGCAGAGCGGAGAGCGUUACAGUUUCGGUGAGUUCGAGGCCAAAGCUAAGAUCUUUGAGAAGAAUUAUCUCAAGAAAUGCGGCAAAAAGAGUCAACUCUCUCCCCUAGAAAUCGAAACCCUUUACUGGAGAGCCACAGUGGACAAACCCUUCUCUGUUGAGUACGCAAACGACAUGCCAGGCUCGGCUUUUAUCCCUCUGAGUCUGGCGGCUGCAAGGAAGAGAGAGUAUGGUGGUGAUGGAGGAACAGUAGGUGAGACAGCUUGGAACAUGAGGGCAGUGGCUAGAGCAGAAGGAUCAUUGCUUAAGUUCAUGAAAGAGGACAUCCAUGGAGUUACAUCGCCAAUGAUUUAUAUCGCUAUGAUGUUUAGUUGGUUUGCUUGGCAUGUGGAGGACCAUGACCUUCAUAGUCUCAAUUACUUGCAUAUGGGUGCUAGUAAGACUUGGUACGGUGUGCCAAAGGACGCUGCUUUGGCUUUUGAGGAUGUGGUUAGGGUUCAUGGUUAUGGAGAAGAGCUUAAUCCUCUCGUGACGUUUGAUACUCUUGGUCAGAAGACAACUGUGAUGUCUCCUGAAAUAUUUGUCAAAGCCGGAAUACCGUGUUGCAGGUUAGUACAAAAUCCUGGAGAGUUUGUCGUCACUUUUCCAAGAGCGUAUCAUUCAGGGUUUAGUCACGGAUUCAAUUGUGGAGAAGCAUCUAACAUUGCAACACCCGAGUGGUUGAGACUGGCCAAAGAUGCUGCCAUCCGGCGAGCUGCAAUAAAUUACCGUCCGAUGGUUUCUCAUCUCCAGUUACUUUAUGACUAUGCAUUGGCUCUAGGUUCAAGAGUGCCAACAAGCAUCCACGCCAAUCCACGGAGUUCAAGAUUGAAAGAUAGGAAAAAAAGCGAAGGAGAAAAAUUGACUAAAGAGCUAUUUGUGCAGAACAUUAUCCACAACAAUGAGUUGCUUUGUUCUCUAGGAAAAGGAUCUCCAGUGGCUCUUCUCCCUCAGAGUUCCUCAGAUGUAUCGGUUUGCUCUGAACUGCGAGUUGGAUCCCAUUUGAGAACUAACCAGGAAAAGCCAAUCCAACCAAAAUCUGAAGACUUGAGUUAUGAUAGUGUUAUGGUCGGUUUCAGUAACCGUAUUAAGGAUACUGUUACAGUAAAAGAAAAGUUCACAUCUUUAUGUGAACGGAACAGAAAUCAUCACCUGGCAAGCAGAGAGAACGAGACUCAAGGAACUCAAGGAACAGAUGCUGAAAUGAAGAAAAUUGAGGCGCUUUCAGACCAGAGUCUUUUCACUUGUGCGACUUGUGGAGUCUUAAGCUUUGAUUGUGUAGCUAUUGUUCAACCUAAAGAAGCAGCGGCUAGAUAUCUCAUGUCUGCAGAUUGUAGCUUCUUCAACGAUUCGACAGUUGCGAAUCUUGGUCAGGAUGCAAGAUCUCCUGCACUUAAGCUUCAUUCACAAAGCACGGAUAAGCACAAUGUUGAUUACUUCUACAACGUUCCUGUUCAAACUGUUGAUCACUCAAUGAAGACAGACGAUCAAAUAACCUCAACAACUAGUAUAACAACAAAAGCGCAUAAAGAAGAUGGUGCUCUUGGGUUGCUAGCUUCAGCGUAUGGUGAUUGUUCUGAUUCCGAGGAAGAAGAUCACGAAGGCCUAGAUGGCAACGAGGAGGCUCCAGAGGGACCAAUUGCUACUGGAAAUGACGGCAAUACAUCAAUUCUGGACAUAGCUUUACCCUUUGUUCCAAGAUCUGAUGAUGAUUCUUCUCGGUUGCACGUGUUUUGUCUUGAGCAUGCUGCGCAAGUGGAACAGCAACUUCGUCCUAUUGGUGGCAUUCACAUAAUGUUACUGUGCCAUCCAGAGUACCCCAGGAUAGAGGCUGAGGCAAAGAUCGUUGCCGAGGAGCUUGGAGUCAAUCACGAAUGGAAUGAUACUGAAUACAGGAAUGUGACUCGAGAGGAUGAGAAAACAAUUCAGGCGGCCUUGGAUUAUGUUGAAGCCAAGGUUGGGAACAGUGAUUGGGCUGUAAAAUUGGGUAUCAACCUUUCUUACAGCGGCGUUCUCAGUCGCUCGCCUCUGUACAGUAAGCAGAUGCCUUACAACUCCGUCAUCUACAGUGUGUUUGGUCGCAGCUCUCCAGCAACGAGCUCGCCCUUGAAACAUGACGUUUCUGGUAGAAGAUUAUACAGGCAGAGGAAAUACGUUGUUGGAAAAUGGUGUGGUAAAGUUUGGAUGUCGCAUCAGGUGCAUCCCUUUUUUCUGGAGGAAGACUUGGAAGCGGAAGAAUCUGAACGAAAUUUUCAUAUGCAAAAUGCCUUUGAUGAGGAUAUCAGUGAAAACGGAUUGUCCCCAUGUGAUGUUUCUAGAGAUGCAACCACAAUGUUUGGAAGAAAGUACACUAGGAAGAGAAAGAUAAGAGCAAAGGCUGUGCAACGCAAGAAGCUUACCUCUUUCAAGAGGGAAGAUGGAGUUUCUGAUGACACAUCAGAGGAUCAUUCUUAUAAGCAGCAAUGGAGGGCUCCCGGGAAUGGGGAAGAGUCUUAUUUUGAGACAGGGGAUACGGUUUCUGGUGAUUCUUCUGAUCAGCAGCUCCAGGGACUUCGUCGACACAAGGGUGUUAAAGAAUUCGAGUCAGAUGAUGAGAUUUCAGACCGUUCACUUGGAGAAGAAUAUACUGCAAGGGAAGGUGGAGUUUCAGAGAACUCAAUGGAGAAAAGCUUACAGCUAUAUAGACAGUCAAUGGACAGACAUGAUUUGGAGGACUCUGUAUAUGGUCAUGAUGAUGAUAAUAUCUACAGGCACCCUAGGGGGAUGCCAAGGAGCAAACGGGCUAAAGUGAUUAGGAAUCCGGUUUCAUAUGAUUCAGAAGAAAAUGGCAUUUAUCAGCAAAGUGAAAACAGGCAAGCUAGUGGAAUGGGUGGUGAGUAUGAUUCAGCAAAGGAAUCUCUGGAGGAACAAGACUUUUGCAUCACAGAGAGAAGGCAAACCAGGUCCACAACCAGACGAAUAGUUAAAACCGAGGUAGUUCAGAGUUCGGGAGACACAAAAGGUCGACAAUCUGGAUACGGAAACAAGAAUCAAGAAUUGGAUCCUUACAUGGAGGGACCUAGCACACGGCUUAGGGUGAGAAUCCCGAAGCCUUCAAGAGAGUCUCCUGAAACAAAACCGAAGAAAACUGGUAAGAAAGGAAGCAGUAAUGCUAAGGCUUCCUUCUCCAUAGUUGCAAGUGAAGCAGAUGUGGAGAAAGAUGAAGAAGAAGAAGAGGAAGUGGAACGCUUGGCGUACCAAUGUGACAUGGAAGGUUGCACAAUGAGUUUCAAUUCAGGGAAACAGUUGGAUCUGCAUAAGAGAAACAUAUGUCCUGUUAAAGGCUGUGGUAAAACCUUCUUCUCACACAAGUAUCUGGUUCAACACCGGCGUGUUCACUUAGACGACCGUCCUCUCAAGUGUCCAUGGAAGGGCUGCAAGAUGACGUUCAAGUGGGCUUGGUCUAGAACCGAGCACAUAAGGGUUCACACUGGUGCAAGGCCUUAUGUUUGCGCUGAACCAGGUUGUGGUCAGACAUUCAGGUUUGUCUCCGAUUUCAGCCGACACAAGCGGAAGACAGGUCAUGCAGUUAAGAAGACCAAAAAGAGGUGA